AUGUCCAACCCCCUACCUUCAAUGCCUCCUGGUAGGCCUACAGUCGUCCCCGUCGAUGCGCCGUCAUCAACAUGGGAUCGAAUUACCUCUUGGGUCUCGGAAAACAAGGCUGUUGUUUAUACCAUUGCUGGCAUUGCCGUCGUGGUCACCGGCGCUGGAGUCGUUUAUUAUCAUUCCGAAUCGAAACCCAAGCUAGACUCGUCUCCCAAGCUGAGCAAAAAAGAGAGAAGAAAGCGAAAAGAGGCUGAGCGCAUGGCCGCUGAAACCAAGGAGUCUUCUCCGGCCGCGCCCCAGCCCAAGACCGUCGCUGUCGACAGCGAAGACGAGGUCCCCCAGAUCGAUCAAGACAACGUGCUGGGCCUGACGCCCGAGCGGCGCGAGCAGUAUGCUGCCAAGCUCAAGCAAGCUGGUAACCGAGCCUACGGAGACAAGGCAUACAACAAGGCCAUUGGCCUCUACUCGCAGGCAAUCCUGUGCAAGCCCGACCCUGUCUUCUACUCCAACCGAGCUGCCUGCUACAGUGCCAUGAGCGAGUGGGACAAGGUCGUCGAGGACACCACGGCCGCCAUCGCCAUGGACGCCGAGUACGUCAAGGCCAUCAACCGCCGAGCCACCGCCUACGAGCACCAGAAGAAAUACUCCGAGGCUCUUCUUGACUUUACGGCGUCCUGCAUCAUCGACAACUUCAAGAGCGAGUCCACGGCUCAGGCCGUUGAGCGACUCCUCAGGGUCUUUGCCGAGCACCGAGCCAAGGAGAUGUUGGCUUCCCGACCGGCCAAGCUGCCCAGCCCCAUCUUCGUCGGCAACUACCUCCAGAGCUUCCGGCAGAAGCCUCGCCCCGAGGGCCUCGAAGACUCGGCCGAGCUAGACGCCGGCACGGGCAAGGGACAACUGCAGCUCGGGCUGCAGUCCUUGGAGAAGAAGACGGGCGAGGGCUACGAGGAGGCUAGGCAAGCAUUCGACAAGGCCCACGAGCUCGGCGACCUUGGCGAGUACGAGGCUCUGGCAUACAACUUGCGCGGCACCAUGCGAACUCUGCUCGGAAACCACGCCCAGGCCACCGAGGACUUUGACAGGAGCAUCGAGCUGGACCCCAGCAUGAUUCAGAGCUACAUCAAGCGUGCCAGCAUCAGCCUUGAGCUUGGCGAGCCUGCCAAGGCCGACGGCGAAUUCGCGACGGCCCUGGAGCAGAACAAGGACGACCCCGACGUGUACUAUCACCGUGCCCAAGCUAGCUUCAUCAAAGGCGACCUCGCCGAGGCUCAGAAGGACUACCAGAAGUCAAUCGACCUGGACAAGGACUUUAUCUUUUCCCACAUUCAGCUUGGAGUGACGCAGUACAAGAUGGGUUCCAUUGCAUCGUCCAUGGCCACGUUCCGGCGAUGCAUCAAGAACUUCCCCAAGGUCCCGGACGUGUACAACUACUACGGCGAACUUUUGCUAGACCAGGGCAACUUUGCCGAGGCCGUGGAAAAGUUUGACACUGCGAUGGAGAUGGAGAAGCAGUCACAGCCAAUGUCCAUGAACGUCCUGCCCCUGAUCAACAAGGCCCUGACUCUAUUCCAAUGGAAGCAAGACUUUAAGGAGGCCGAGGCGCUUUGCCAGAAGGCUCUGAUCCUCGAUCCCGAAUGCGACAUUGCCGUCGCCACCAUGGCCCAGCUCCUCCUGCAGCAGAACAAGGUCGUCGAAGCGCUCAAGUAUUUCGAAAAGGCUGCAGAGCUUGCUCGCACAGAGGGAGAAAUCGUCAACGCCCUCUCCUAUGCCGAGGCCACCAGAACACAGCUGGAAGUUACCCAAAGGUAUCCCAAGCUGGCAACCAAGCUAGCCAGUGGCGGCGGGCCUCCCGCCUUCGGCAUGGGCCGCUAA